UGACACCAAUGUAUAAUGCGUUGGGUUUUAGAACAGAAAGGCCAAAAAACACAAGAAAGAAGACAGUUUUGUUGUGUUUUGAAUCCCCUUUAAGCUACAACAUCACCAACGAAUAUAUCUAACAAAUAUGAUUAUAUUAGAAAACAAACAAAAUAAGAUCAUUCAGUAAUUAAUGUACCUGGCCAUGGAGGAUGGAUGCAAUGGUGAGGUACCAAGCAGUGUCAGUGGUCAUCCAAUAAAAGACGAGACUAAUUUUACACCAACGUAAAUAAACUACUCUUAUUUAUCAAUUAUGUUCAAGUCUUCAAGACUCAUGUAAACAAUCUAGUAACAUUUUAUAAUUUUAUGAUUUAUAAAUGAAAAUUGUUCCACGACACCGUGGAGAAUUUAUAGAUCUUAAAACUGUGAUUAACUACAAACGGGAGAAAACAGACUAUUUACUUAUUACUAAUGGGCUUUUAAAUGGGCCAAAAGAAGUGCUUACCAAGCAAAGAGAUUAGGCCGAAAUGGCCCACAAGAGGAGGGUUUGAGAGAUUAAACCCUAAAUUGAAGACUUCUUUGUCCGUUUUCUUCUCUCGGUGAUCUGGUGGUAUCGAUGGCGAGUCGGCUAAAGGAGAUAGUGAAGAAGUACGGGAAAGUAGCGCUGGGGGUGCAUUUCUCAGUCUCCGGAGUCUCGAUAAGUGGAUUCUACAUAGCCAUCAAGAACAACGUGGAUGUGGAGUCGCUCCUGGACAAGUACCAAAUCCCCUGGUUCUCGUCCGACGAGAAAGCUUCGGCGGAAGAAAAGAGCCGACAGCUGGCGAAAUCAGCAGGGGGAGCCCUGGCUUUGGCGGUUCUGUGCAAUAAGGCGCUGUUUCCGAUAAGGGUGCCGAUCACGAUGGCGUUGACUCCUCCGAUAGCUAGAUUCCUCAGGCAGAGAAAGAUCGUCGGUUGAAUUAAACAUUUUCAUCAUAUGUUUCUUUUUUCUUUUUUUUUUGUUUGAUGUGUGUGUUGAAAGAGAAAUUUCGGAGAUGUAUUGAUGCUUGUUAAAUCCCAAAAAAUAGUUUAUGAAA